AUUCAAGGAAAUGGAGAGAGGCUGAGCUUGAACGAGUUGAAACGAUAGAGUAUUGGCUUGCUAGAGAGGAUCGCCAACGUCCAAUUACGGAUAUGGCACAAGAAGAAAAAAAGAGGAUGUCGACGAGGGGAGGCGAAGGUCAGAGGAACUUCCUCUUCCGGGUCGCCCACGGGAGGAUAAUGGCGUCGGCGGAGUCUCUUAUGUUGCUUGGAGGGUGGCAGCGGCUCCUGGGAGACAAAGAAGAUUCUAAGAAGAGGACUGUAAAUAACAGAGAAUGAGAAGCAGCGUUAAAACAAAAACAAAAAAUCAACCAAAAUCUUUUCCACUUCCUCCAGAAAGUAUAAAAACUCUUCUCUUUCCUCAGGAGAUGAGAAACAAGGGAAAAAAUAACAAGAACAAAGUUUUGAGCUGGAAACAAUGGAGUAUGUGGAACUCAAAGAAAGAUUACAUGAAAAGUCAAAGGGGAUAAUUUCCAAAUUCAGAAAAAGUAGAAAUAACGAAGUCUGUGGGAAGGAAAACUUCCCUUGGAUAGCCGAAAUGGAAUGGCAUUAAUGAAAGCCUUUGUAAGGGCUUUCAAAGUACCUGCAGGUAAGAGCUCAGAAAUAUUUUUGGCCUCCUCAAUUAUGCAAGAAUAUCAGUGUUAGAAAAACACAGAGUGGGCCUAUUGUCAAAAAAACAACAGAUUGCAGAUCACAGCUAAUUAUGCAAGAGAGGGUCCACACCAAUGAAAAUCCACACAAAUGCUCAUAGAGGGGCAAAAGUUUUACUCAGAACAGCUCCCACAUGGAAACACUCACACCGGGGAGUGGGCCUACCAGUGAUCCCAAUGUGGCAAAAGCUUUAGGAUGCCACCCUACUCUAGUGAGACACAAGAAAACUCACAUUGGAGUGAAACCCUUUGAAUGUCCUGAUUAAGUUUCACUGUGAAUUCCCACCUAGUGAUACACCAGAGGAUUCAAGCUGAAGAGACACCAUAUGAGUGUCCUGAUUGUAGGACUUAUACUUUGAAGUCUGAUCAGAUGAAGCAUCAGAGGACUCGCACGGGAGAGAGAUUGUAUGAGUGUCCACAUUGUACAAAAAGUUUUAGUCAGACUUCCAAACUGGUGAUACACCAGAGAACACACACAGGAGAGAAACCAUAUGAGUGUCUGGAGUGUGGGAAAAAAUUCAUUCAGAAUUCCAAGCUGUUGAGACACCAGAAGACUCAUAUGGGAGAGAAACCAUAUGAGUGUCUUUAUUGUGGGAAAAGUUUCACUCAGAAUGCCAGCCUAGUGAUACACCAGAGGACUCACACAGGGGAGAAACCAUAUGAGUGUCACGAUUGUGGGAAAAGCUUCACUCAGAAUUCCAACCUGAUGAUACACCAGAAGAUUCACACAGGAGAGAAACCGUAUGAGUGCCUGGAUUGUGGGAAAAGUUUCAGUCGAAAUUCCCACCUUGUGGAACACCAGAGAACUCACACAGGAGAGAAACCAUAUAAGUGUCCUGAUUGUGGGAAAGGUUUCUUUUGGAAUUCUAAGCUGGUGGUACACCAGAGAACUCACACAGGAGAAAAACCAUAUGAGUGUCUGGAGUGUGGGAAAAGUUUCAAUUGGAAUUCUGCUCUGGUGAAACACCAGAGGACUCACACAGGAGAAAAACCAUAUGAGUGUCUGGAGUGUGGGAAAAGUUUCACUCAGAAUUACGACUUGGUUAUACACCAGAGGACACACUCAGGAGUGAAGCCAUAUGAGUGUCCGGAUUGUGGGAAAAGUUUCAGUAAGAAUUUCAAUCUGGUGGUACACCAGAGCACUCACACAGGAGAGAAACCAUAUGAGUGUCUGGACUGUGGGAAACAUUUCAGUCGAAAUUCCCACCUGGUGGAACACCAAAGAACUCACACAGGAGAGAAACCAUAUAAGUGUCUGGAUUGUGGAAAGAGUUUCAAGCAGAAUUCCAACCUUCUGAUACACCAGAAGACUCAUACAGGAGAGAAACCAUAUAAGUGUCCUGAUUGUGGGAAAUGUUUCUGUCGGAAUUCUUACCUGGUGUUACACCAGAGAACUCAUACAGGCAUCAAACCAUAUGAAUGUGCAUAUUGUGGGAAAAGCGCCGAUUGCAAAUCAGAGCUGAUUAUGCAUCAGAGGACCCACACUGGUGAAAAACCAUACAAAUGCUCUGAAUGUAGCAAAGCCUUUCCCUACAAGUCCCAACUUCUUGAGCAUAAGAGAACCCAUACUGGAGAAAAGCCCUACCAGUGCCCACAGUGUGACAAAAAGUUUAGUAAGCAUGCCACCCUGGUGAUACACAAGAGGACACACACCGGAGAGAAACCAUUUGAGUGUCCAGAGUGCGGGAAAAGUUUCAGUCAGAAUUCCAACCUGGUGAUACACCAGAGGACUCACACUGGGGAGAAACCAUAUGUGUGUCAGGAUUGUGGGAAAAGUUUCCGUCAAAAUUCCAACCUGGUGAUACACCAGAGGACUCACACAGGAGAGAAACCAUAUGUGUGUCAAGAUUGUGGGAAAAGUUUUAUUCGAACUUCUGACCUGGUGAUACACCAGAAGACUCAUACAGGAGAGAAAUUGUAUGUGUGUUCACAUUGUGGGAAAAAAUUCAUUCGAAAUUCUGACCUAGUAACACACCAGAGGACUCACACUGGAGAGAAACCAUAUAAGUGUCCAGAUUGUGGGAAAAGCUUUAGUCAGCAUUCCCACCUAGUGAUACACCAGAGGACUCACACAGGAGAGAAACCAUAUGAGUGUCUGGAGUGUGGAAAAAGUUUCAGUCGGAAUACUGACCUGGUGAUACACCGGAGGAUUCACACUGGGGAGAAACCGUAUGAAUGUCCAGAUUGUGGGAAAAAUUUUACUCGAAAUUCUGACUUGGUGAUACACCAGAGGACUCACACAGGAGAGAAACCAUAUGAGUGUCUGUAUUGUGAGAAAAGUUUCAGUCAGAAUUCUUACCUGGUGAUACACCAGAGGAUACACACAGGAGAGAAACCGUAUGAAUGUCCAGAUUGUGAGAAAAGUUUCAGUCGGAAUUCCAACUUGAUUAUACACCGGAGAAGGACUCACACGGGCGGCAUACAGUAUGAGUGUCCAGAUUGUGGGAAAAGUUUGAGUCGGAAUUCCAAUCUGAUGAUACAUCAGAGGACUCACACUGGAGAGAAACCAUAUGAUUGUCCAGAGUGUGGGAAAAGCUUUAAUACUAGAUCAAAUCUGACCAGCCACAUGAAGUUGCACACAGGAGAAAAACCUUAUGAGUGUCCAGACUGUGGGAAAAGUUUUAGUUGGAAGUGUGACUUGCUGAUUCAUCAGAGGAUUCACACAGGGGAGAAACCGUAUGAAUGUCCAGAUUGCGGAAAAGGAUUCAGUACUAGGUCUAGCCUUAUAAAUCAUGUAGGUUUACAUACAGGGGAGAAACCAUUCAAAUGUCCAGAAUGUGAACGAUGCUUCUCACAAAAUUCUUCCCUUGUUGCACAUAAGAAAAUCCAUUUGGUGCAGAAAGUGAUGGGUGUAGAGAAGAACUAAAUGUCAUUUUUAAUUUCCAUUUUGAAAUGUUUCUGAGAAAUUAGUUAAUGUCUUACUUGAUGCUUUUUAGUUGUCAUGUAUUAGAUAUGAUGGAAGAGAGAAAUAAUUGGAAAAUUUUAUUUUGAUUUUAUUAUACUUAUUUUAUUAUAAAUUAAUACAUAUAUCUGGCUAUAUGAGGAUUUAUAGAAUGUCAGGGAACCACGCAGCUGGUGUCCAAAUGACGUCAUAGACACACAGACUUGUAAUUUUAUGUAAAUAAAUAUAUUUUACAUCUAAUUUACAGCAAACAAGAUACUCAGGCAUGAGUUAAAUCACAGAGCACACAGAAGAAAAAAGAGGGAGGGAAAGGAAGUUCCUUCAUACCCACAGCAACCAAUCACAGCACAGAUUGCCUCAAACAGAAGCCAGCACUCUAACCAAUCAAUUAUAAUUGUGUGUUCUGGCUCAUUGUACAACCCCACUGUUCCAGCUACUAAGUUUAAAUAACAAGAUAUUUAACAGAAAUUGUGCAAUUGCUGCAAAAAUGGCUUUAGGGGUGUUUUUUGCUUUGUGAUCAGAAAUGAUCAUUGAACUGCAAAGUUUCAGCCGCCUUCAACCUGAGUGACCACAAAAUUUCAAGCUCCAUAAAUCCCCAGCUAACAGAAAAUAACGGAAUCAUAGGAGGUGGACAGAGGAGUUACAUUGGGGGAGUUAGCUGUGGGACGAGUGGCAUAUUCAUUUGAUAAAGAAAUGCAUUGUGCCUCAAGCAACUUGCAGAUGGGCAGUUUAACAGGACCAGCUUUUGAUUCAUCUCUGUUGCUUUUGAUUUAUUUAAAACAUUUACAUAGCCAUCUGUGUUAAGAAAACUUUGGCCAGCUCCCUGUCAAAAAUUAAGACAAAAACCAUACUAUUAAAAUCAUACGCAUAAAAACAAAAACCUGGUGCCAAAUCCA